AUGGCGUCGGAAUACCCCAUCGUCGAACCUGUCAAGCUGGAGCUGUCCCCUCAACGAGGCUCGACCGAGGGAAGGCACCUGCUGCAGCGUCUCUUGCGCAACGACGUUGCAACUUCCCACAUAAGGGAAUACCCGCACAAGUGCAGCUACUGCCGCAAGAUGUUCCAGAAGAAGUUUCACCUGGACAAUCACAUACGUGUCCACACCGGCGAGAGACCAUUCGGCUGCCAUCUCUGCCCCAUGACAUUCACCCAGAAGCAGAUUGUGGCUGUGCUCCGUUGUUCAAUGAUUGCGCGAUUCUUGCCUGAAAAAAAUGUGCGUGGAAUCAUAGAUGCACAGGCUAUCAGGCAUAAUGUUGAAAGCUGUGUUAGCACUGCGCUUUUUGUCAACCUGCUUGAUACAGAAACGGCCUUUUUGGAGAGAGCAGUAUGA